UUUUUCUUUUCAUUUGCGAGAAUUGGAGAAGUGGUGAUAUGUGUCAACUCUCCCAGAUGCUGCCAAUGUUUAGGAUAAAUUUACCCGGGCAGUCGCCAUGCACUUUCCCUGAAUUGUGUGUCGCCUACAGAGUCCGCUAUCUGUACUUGUUGCCAUUGUGACGGGCCUCUUCCGCCUUGUGCUCACCUAUUAUGGGGCCAAGAAAGCAGAUUAGUGCAUCUCAGAUCGCAAUAAUAUGUGAGUUGGCGAACGAGAACAAAUCUAAUAAGGAAAUAGCGGCAAAUUUAGGACUGACUCUCAGAACAGUUCAGCGUUGGACCAAAAAAUACCGUGCGAGUGGAUCCCUCGACCCGCCACCCAAGCACAAACCAACGGGGCCCAAACGGAAGAUCAGCCAGAGGACUUUGGGCAUUAUUAGCAGGCAGAUCGAGGCCCAGCCUUGCAUAUCUAGCCGGGAAAUCAAGGAAAAGAACCCGUGUCUGCUAGCGGGAGUUGCUACUCGAACACUGAGAGACUACUUGAGACAUUACUUUGAGUACCGGAGUUCUAACACGGCGCCUCAACAACUGUUAGAUUGCGCUGAGCGUUCCGGAAGACGCCUGAGGCAACCAGAGUAUGACAUUGAAACACCUCAUGCUGAUCCUCCAACAGCACAUCCUUGUAGUCUGAAAGGCAGUCGUCCUAGUACUCCUUCCGCAGCAGACGAAAUCCAGUCCAACGCAGAGGAGAUGGACGCUAUCCAAGGAGGAAUAAAUGAUAUUCUUGCUCAGCUGGUGCAAAGCCAGAAACUUGUUGUUACUGCGCUGUCAGAGCUAGUGGCAGACCAGAAGCAAUUGGUGGCAAGCCAGGAGGAGAUGGUGGCAGUGGUAAGGGAUGGGGUAAACGCCGUCCGAGGAGCCUUGGAAUUGUAUAGAGAGUGCGCAAAUUAGAAGGCAGCAGUAGGGUGUAAGAGUAGUGUUGUAUUUUUGUAAAGAAAAAUAUAUUUUUGUAUAUUAAAAAAAAAUGUAUGUUAAUAUUGUUACUUUUAAUUUUUUGCUGUAUGCAGUGCAAUUUUCCGUAUAUUGUAUAUACUUGUGGAAUUUCAUUUCACAACUAUGAAAUGUUUAGCAAAUUUUCUGGCUUAUUCUGUAUAUUUCUGUAUUAAUAAAAAUGGGAAUCAUUUUUUAAA